AUGUCGAUCUCCUCCUGGAAGCCAGCACAAUCCAAAAUGAUAAACUUUUCAGUUGGGGGCAUGAUGAACAAGCACCAAGGAAAGGAUAAGGUGAUGGUGGUAUUGGGUGCCACUGGCACAGGCAAAUCGCGCCUGGCGAUAGACUUGGCCACCCAUUUCGGAGCAGAGGUCAUCAACUCGGACAAAAAUCAGGUCUACAAGGGCCUAGAUAUAGUAACCAAUAAGGUGAGCAAUGAGGAAUGCUGCAGCGUGCCACACCAUUUGCUCGGAAUCAUUGACCCCGAGGUGGAUUUCAUUGUACAUGAUUUUGUGCAUAAUGUAUUGCUGGCUGCUGAUGCCAUCGUACAAAAGAAUCGGUUGUCAAUCAUUACUGGAGGGUCAAAUUCCUUCAUACAGGCACUUGUCAAUGACGACAUGAGUUUCCCUCCAAGUACGAGUGUUGCUUUCUCUGGAUCGACGUGGCGAUCCUGGCAUGCCAUUGGGGUCCCCGAGAUGGAUGAUUCUACUGAUAUACUGAGUUAA